AUGCCCGUCCAUGACCGACGUGAGGCUUUGCGCAAAAAUCGAUUAUGCUAUGCUUGUUUGUCCGAUCAAGAUAUGGUUUCUCAGUGCGCAGUCACCAAGCCAUGUUCCAGGUGCGACGACAAACAUCACUCGUUAGUCCACCGAAAUAACGCUUCGGAAUCGAACGCCACAAUCGACAAUAUAGCCCCUAUAGAUCCAACCGUAACUGUCUCGUCCAUGACGAGUUCAGUGAUACAUCGUAACGUUAUGUUAGGCACGGCGCUCGUACACAUUCGUAAUCAUUCCGGUUCUGUGCACACCGUACGGGCUUUAAUCGACGGGGGUUCUCAAAUUAGUGUGUUGACGACGCGCUGUGUUGAUCGUCUCGGAUUGAAACUCAAACGUUGGACAGCGGCUGUGACAGGUCUGGCUGGCGUCGAAGUCCCGUCGGUGGUUGGUCAAGUCAAGUGCGUGAUGACCCCUCGUUAUGCGGAUACACCGCAAAUACCCAUAUCCGCUUGGGUGUUAAAUAAUAUUACCAGUUCAAUGCCUACUCGUCCCAUGCCUUCCGAUGUCAAAGACCGAUAUAGUAAUCUCGCUAUGGCAGAUCCAAGUUUCGAUCAGCCUGGUCCGAUUGAUUUGUUGAUAGGGGCCGACUUGUACCCUCUGGUGAUGGAAAGUGGAAAAGUGGUAGUUGGUGAAGAUCUUCCCGCUGCAUUUAGUACUAUUUUCGGUUGGAUAAUCGUCGGUUUAGUUCCAAAAUCUCCUAUGGGUGAGCCCCAUUGUGGAUUGGUUUCCCUGUCAGUGUCUUUGGAGGAGACUUUAAACAAGUUCUGGCAAGUUGAAGAGCCUGACGCAGCCCCACGCGAAUUUACCGAAUAUGGUCAAUGUGAACAGAUUUUUUGUAACCAAAUGUCUCGACUUGAUGACGGACGGUUUUCGGUACCAUUACCUUUUCGCGUCCCGGUUAGUCCUGACACGUUUGAAGGUUCGCGUCAACUUGCAUUGAAACAUUUCAUUCAUCUCGAACGUAAAUUACAGUCCAACCCGGCUUUGUACGAUUCGUAUCGACUUUUUAUGCAUGAAUACCUUAGUUUGGGCCAUAUGUCCAUUGCAACCAGUCCCGGGAUAUAUUAUAUUCCCCAUCAUGCGGUAUUAAAGGACCCUUCUGAUUUGUCCAAGGUUAGAGUGGUAUUUGAUGCGUCGGCAACCGGUUUCUCCGGUCGUUCUUUAAACAGUUGUUUACACGUCGGUGCAAAAUUACAACAAGAUAUUAUCGAUAUCCUGUUACUUUUCCGUACUUACCAUUACGUCUUUACCACAGACGUGUGUAAAAUGUACAAGCAAAUUUUAAUUAACCCUGAAUUUCGACCGUAUCAGCACAUUUUUUGGCGUUCCUCUCCUACUGAACAGUUGAUAGAGUAUGAGCUCAAUACGGUUACGUAUGGCGUGACUUGUGCACCAUUUUUAACUCUUAGAGUACUACAGUUCAUCGCUGAAAAUGACUGCGAGGGUGCUCCCGCCGUGCGGGAAGCUUUGUUGCGACAAACUUAUAUCGAUGACGUGUUCAUGGGAGCUGAUACCAUGGAGGAGUUAAUCAGUUAUCAGUCCCAAUUAUUGGACAUAUCGCUUCGUGCUGGCUUCCGUCUAAAGAAGUGGCUUAGCAAUUCGGACCAAGUGUUGAAUAAUAUUCCCCUCAGUGAUAGGGUCCAUAAAAUUCGCCAGUUAGUCCCACAGUGUAUUUGGGGUCAUGUCCGCACACAUGAUAAUCCGGCGGAUUGUGCUUCGAGGGGGCUUCCUCCGUCAUCUCUAGUCAACAUGAAGUUAUAUUGGCAUGGGCCCGCUUUCUUGACACAAGCACCGUCGACUUGGUGUCCUGAAAUACCCCCUUUUGAAGGCGGUAUCAUCCUGGAAAUUAAAUCUGUGUCUUUAACCGUCUAUACCCCACCGUUAGAAAUCGAGUGGAUAGAACGAUUUUCUUCUUAUGACCAAAUGUUAAAUGUGGUUGCCUGGGAUCGUCAUCCGGAGGUCCGAGAGAGUCAACAGCAAAAAUGGGCAACAACAAUAACAACAACGAGAGGAUCAACGACAACAAUGAUGGUAUCGGGAUUGUCAAUGCCAUGGUGGUGUCGACCUUCAAGGUGUCGGGUAAAGGCGAAAAAUGUUACACCUUAA